UGCGGCGCAGCCUUGAGGCGGGAAUUAUCUCAGAGCGACGCUGACAGCCGUGGUGUACACAUUAUUUACGCUCCACGAUGUCUGAUGUCUGGAUAAAUAAAGACUUUUGGAUCUGUUUUAUUGAUCUGUACAAGGGCCGUCCAUGUUUGUGGACAUAAAACAUAAAUUGUGUUAAUAAUUGUUGUUGUCGCUGCGGCGGUGGAGCUCAGAGUGACGGCCGCCGCCCGGUAUUCCGUGAGGCCGCCUCACAGUGUGUAUGCUUCAUCCGGCCGACGAGUCUCAGCCCACUUUCGGCCGCCGGACAGGCCGCAUCACAUAGUGUGUGUCCGCCUUUAUACACAUUGCAUAUCAUGAUCAUAUAAUAUGACUCUCCAACGGGUCAGCUGUACAGCAAGAGCAAGAGCAAGUCUAUGUCAUCAUCAUCAUGCCUAUGACAUUAAGAUCAAGCUCCGUCCUCUCAACGAUACUCAAACACAAAGCUGCCGCGAGGGAGUUUUGUAGGUGGUGGUGAAUGUUUUGUUUAUCAGAGAGAGCCCUUCGUGAUCUUCCUCCCUCUUAGAAGCCCAUGCCAUUACUUGCAGCCCCCGGCGGAACACUGUCAUGUCCCCUAGAGUACAAAGGAAUGUUUGCUGUGCUUGCGGCAAGAAACGAGAGCUUGGAAUUCGCCUACAUUGUUUCCCCAAAGAUGCCAAACGACGUUUGCAGUGGCUUGAAAACCUGAAUGUAAACUUCUUAAAAGCUGACCAAGUCGUCUGUGAUGAUCAUUUUGAUCAUAUAUACUUCGGUACCAAGGGUUAUCUGAUGCGUACAGCGGUUCCUCGUCCCAUAAAACUGGAGAGCAGAUUCCAAAUGCAUUGUUAAUAGCAGAAACAGCAACAGUCAGUGGCCAAGAGGUGCCCAUUGACCUACCUCAGACGGUCCAGGAUUGUACACGUACACAGGUGGACCUGCCUCACUAUGAUUCUUAUUACUUUGGGACCUUAACUGAGGAAGCAGAGCCUGGGGAUUGUUCUAAAAGGGGCACCCAUCAACUCCACACACAACCUCGAUUCAAGUUCCCUUGUGAUCUGCCUGAGGCCUCCUGUGAUCUGCCUGACUCUGCAUGUGAUCUGCCUGACUCCCCAUAUGAUCUGCCGGAGGCCUCCUGUGAUCUGCCUGAGGCCACUUAUGAUCUGCCUGAUGCCACCUCUGGUCAGCAUGAUGCCCCCAGUGCUUUGCCUGAGACUCCUGUUAACCAUCAGACUGCUCCACCAUCAAAACUGCAAAAAAAUCGAACACCACAAAUCCAGCUACUCCAAAAAACAGUUAACCGGCUAAAAAGGCGUAUAAAGCAAAUGGAGCUGCAUAACAUCAAGACACCGAAGCAAUUGCUCACAAAGGCAUCACACUACUUGGAUCCAAGGAUGCUCGAUUUCUUUAAAUGGCAGGUCUUACAUUCUGUGGAGAAUGAAUCGGAGAGAAAAUAUGGGAUUGAAGAAAGGAGCUUUGCUUUAGCUUUAUAUUACCAGAGCCCCAAGACUUACAAAUUUCUCAGCUCAAUGUUCCAUCUGCCUCCAGUUCAAACAUUACAUUCUUAUCUUAGAACAGUUUCUGUAAAUGUUGGUUGGAGCAAACAUGCUAUAUCUGUAUUAAAGAACAGAGCAAGUGCUUCACCAAAAGAAGACACUCUUUGUGGGAUUGUAUUUAGUAGUAUGGGUAUUAAAGAAGGCCUUCAUUUUGACAAGGUCACUAAUUCAAUUAUUGGAGGGGAGGAUUUGGGGGAACAUGGCGGGAGUUUGAAACAGGCUAAUCGUGUGCUUCUAUUCAUGGUUAAAGGAUUGGUUGACAAAUGGACAUUGGUUUUGGGGUGUUUUUUCUAUGCAGGAUUGAUUAGCACUUGUAAACUGAAAGAGCUAUAUGAGGCAUCAAUAAGAAAGGUUCAGAGUACUGGGCAUAGAGUCAUCUUCACUGUUUGUGAUCCAGAGGAAGAGAUGCAUCACUCCCUGUUUCAAACUCUUGACAUGACGAGAGAAAAUCCUUCCUUUGAACUGAAAGGUGAGAGGAUUCACUUCUUUUAUGAUUCACCUUAUCUCUUGCAAGGCCUCACCAACACCCUUCUCAAGUAUGAUAUGAAAAUUGGAGGUGAUGUGAUUUCAUGGAAUCACAUUAAACAGUUCAUUGAAAGAGAUCAGAAGCAAAAGAUCAGACUUGCACCAAAACUGACCAGUGACCAUGUAUGUGGUGACAGCAAUUCAGAGAUAGGGGUGAGUACUGCAACCCAAGUGAUGAGUCAUAUUGUGGCAGCAGGAAUCUUCACACACAGUGUUUCAGGCAUGCUCCCACAGGAAGCCGUCCACACUGCAGAGUUUGUACAGCAGGUGCACAGCCUGUUUUUUCAAUUAAACAAUUCACACAUACUUCAACUCGAGGAAGUUGUUGGAGGAGCCAGUUCAAAAUCAAGACACAGGCAGUUGAUUAGUGACAUAACUACUUACCUAACAUCCCUUGAGGUCUGUGCCCCACCAGAUGUACAAACUCACUGUGUGGAUGGAUGGCUUAUCAACUUGGCAUCACUGCAGGCCAUUUGUCAGGAACUCAGCACCUAUAAUGUCAAGUGCCUUCUCACCAGCCAACUGAAUCAUGAUUGUUUAAAAAGUAUUUUUGUCAAAUUGAGGGAUGAGUAUGAGGAAGGUGGUCACCUAACUGCACACAAUUUCUUAAAGGGGCUCAAGUCAAUAAUAACUAAUAACCUUAUAGAAGUUACUAAAUCAGGUAAUUGUGACAUAGAGGACUCUCACUACUUAGACAUAUCUUUGAACUGGGAAUCAGAGUUUCCCUUCCUCCCAUCAGACUCUGAUUCUGAAAGUGAAGAAUUUGAUGAAGAUUAUGAUAAUGUUCUUUUGUGAUGUCAUGUGUUAGGCCAGUGUUGUACAGACUAUGUACCUCUAUCAAUAUUUCCUAUGCCAUGUCCCCUCACAGGAACUUCAUGAAGGCAGAACUCUAAUUUUCCUUGUGCUAACACUCCCUCUCUACACAUUUGGCCCAUCACCUGCCAGCUCUCUCUCCAUUACUCAUUCAGUCUCUUGAUCCAUUUUAGUGGUGGUCUUCUCUUGAUAUCUUUUCCCUUCACAAACUCAUUCUCAUUUGCUCUUAUCACAUGUCCAAACCAUUUCAAGAAUACUAAAGUUCAUCUCUUCAUCUGUUCCAAAAUCUCAUUAACAUUCUUUUAUCUCUCCUUCUUAUCUUGAUACUUUACAUUCUUCUCUUAUAUAGCUCAUUUCCACUGCACAUAUACAGGUUUGCUGUGCUACUUACUAUAACUAUGUCUGUGAUGAAUAUCACAGAAUUGGGAGAAUAGAUAUAUUGUAUAUCCUUUUUAUAGCCCCAUGCUCAUAUAUCUUCACUUCAUAAUUCUUUACAGUGUAACUAUUACACCUCAGCCCUUCACGGCUCUUUCCCUUACUAGACAGGGACAAUCCUAUAACAAUUUGAUAAAUUUCUCUACCAAAGGAUUCUCAGUUGUUUCUUUGGUAGUUUUUUCCAUAGAAUUGAUUUUUGCCUGGGCCAUUUUUGUAUCAUACAUAGUAAUGAGAUCAUUUGCACUUUUUGUUUUUUUUUUUUUUU